AUGACAAAAGAUCGAUUGCCCGCUUUGCGGGCUGCACAAAAUACUGAAGAUAGCGAUCCAGAUGCCGCUUAUGUUGCACUUAAUAUGGAUGAUAAUAGUCGUUUUAUGUCCGAUUUUUUUGCUCAUGUUGAUUCAUUACGAACAAAUAUUGAUAAAAUAAGUGAACUUGUCGAUGAAGUUAAACGUCUUCAUUCAACAAUAUUAGCUGCACCACAAGCUGAUGAUCGAACAAAAGAAGAAUUAGAAGAAAAAAUGGCUGAUAUUAAAAAAUUAGCUAAUGAUGUUCGUUUAAGACUAAAAAAAAUGGAAGAUGAUCACGAACAAACAACAAAUAAUAGUCCAGCACACACACGAAUUGGAAAAGUACAGUUCUUUGUUUUAACACAAAAAUUUCGUGAUGUUAUGAAUAAUUAUAAUCAAGUACAGGUGGCUUAUCGACAAAAAUGCAAAGAGAGAAUACAACGACAACUUGAGAUCACUGGACGAUCAGUAACUGAUGGUGAAGUUGAAGAAAUGCUCGAAUCAGGAAAUCCAGCCGUAUUUACACAAGGCAUUAUGGUUGAAACAGCACAAGCUAAACAAUCACUUGCUGAUAUUGAAGCACGACAUGGUGAUAUUAUGAAAUUAGAAAAAAGUAUUAAAGAAUUACAUGAUAUGUUUAUUGAUAUGGCUGCUCUUGUUCAAACACAAGGUGAAAUGAUUGAUCGAAUUGAAUAUAAUGUAGUUCAAUCAGAAAAUUUUGUCAAAGCUGCAAGUACAGAUACAAAGAAAGCAGUUAAAUUUCAAAGUGCAGCACGACGAAAAAAGAUUAUUCUUAUUUUAAUCCUGGAUUUAACAAAACAAAAAAGAAAAAUGGAAUUCUUUUAUUUUGUAGAAAAAAAUUAUUAUACUUAUUUGUUUGGCUGUAAUUAUUGUUAUUCUCGCGUCGAUGGUCGCCGGAUGGCUUGGCAUCAAAAGAUAGUAUAUGUUCAAUUCAUAUCAUAG